AUGGAUCCAACUCGGGCACCAGAUUUCAAACCACCUACCCCAAAUGAGCAGCCUCAUCCUCCUAAUGAUCCAGAAUCAACAAUUCCAAAAUCAAAGCCUAUCGUUCCCUAUGUAUUGGCCGAUUAUAAUGCCUCUAUUGAUGCCCCUUUCCAAAGGAAAUCAAAACGUAUAUCUCCUCAUCCAUCAAUGGUUAAUCAAUUACCUGAUAACACCAAUAUUAAGAAUAACGGGAGAAAGUUUAGAUCAAAUAGAAUACCAUUAAAUAUGGACGAUUUCCAGCCUUUAUCCAAUGAAAUUUCGUCUGCUGAAGAAGAGGAUGAAAAUGAAGAGGAUGAAAUUAAUGAAAUUGUUGAAGAUAGUUCUAAAGUUGAAACUUUAACUGAUAAUGAAUCAGAUUAUGAAAAAUCUACCACUAGUUACAAUUUCGGUGUUUUGAAAAAUCAAAUUGCUGAUUUAGAAGAAGUGCCUCAUGGAAUUGUAAGACAGGCUCAAGAUAUCGAAUCUUAUGAAUUCCCAUCACAUAGAUUAUCAAAAAAAUUAAAUAAUCCAAAUAAGCUACCAUUAGUUAUAGUUGCAUGUGGUUCUUUCUCACCAAUUACAUAUUUGCAUUUAAGAAUGUUCGAAAUGGCCUUAGAUGCUAUUAAUGAACAAACUAGAUUUGAAGUUAUAGGUGGUUAUUAUUCACCUGUGAGUGAUAAUUAUAAAAAAGCUGGUUUAGCUCCUUCAAAACAUAGAGUUCGUAUGUGUGAAUUAGCUUGUGAAAGAACAUCAUCGUGGUUAAUGGUAGACGCUUGGGAAUCUUUACAACCUGCUUAUACCAGAACUGCAAAAGUAUUAGAUCAUUUUAAUCAUGAAAUUAACGUUAAAAGAGGUGGUAUUUCAAAAAUUACUGGUGAAAAAAUUGGUGUUAAAAUUAUGUUAUUGGCCGGUGGUGAUCUAAUUGAAUCAAUGGGUGAACCAAACGUUUGGGCUGAUGCUGACUUACAUCACAUUUUAGGUAAUUAUGGUUGUUUAAUCCUAGAAAGAACCGGUUCAGAUGUACGUUCAUUUUUAUUGUCUCACGAUAUCAUGUAUGAACAUAGAAGAAAUGUUUUAGUUAUAAAACAAUUAAUCUAUAAUGAUAUUUCAUCUACAAAAGUUCGUUUGUUCUUAAGACGUGGGAUGUCUGUGCAGUACUUAUUACCUAAUUCUGUAAUUAGAUAUAUUGCUGAACAUGGCUUAUAUGUCAAUCAAACAGAACCGGUAAAACAAGUUAUGGGUAACAAGGAUUAG